CCGCGGCGGGGCGGGCCCGGGGGAGGGCAGGGCCGGCAGCACCCGCCGCGCCGGCCCGGCAGCCAUGGCCACGGCCGGGCUGCGGCGGCUCCGGAGGCCCUUGGCCGCGGCCUUCAGCAGCGCGGCGGCGGCGGGGAGCGGGCGGCCCGAGCAGCUGACGAUCCGGCGGCAGGAGAGGGGGGUCCGAAAUAUCAUCUUGAACAACCCGAGGAAAAGGAACGCGCUGUCCCUCUCCAUGCUGCGGUCCCUCCGGGAGGACCUGCUGCACGACGCCAAAAGCAAAGAGCUCCGAGUGAUUGUCAUCUCAGCUGAAGGACCUGUAUUUUGUUCCGGCCACGAUUUAAAGGAACUGUCAAGCGAAGAUGACGUGAAGCAUCAUUCCCAAGUAUUUGAAAUGUGCGCGGAGGUUAUGACUUUAAUCCAGAAACUUCCCGUACCAGUGAUUGCCCAAGUGAACGGCUUGGCCACUGCGGCAGGCUGUCAGCUGGUGGCAAGCUGUGACAUUGCAGUGGCGAGUGAGAAAUCUCAAUUUGCUACUCCCGGAGUAAACAUCGGCCUGUUUUGCUCCACACCAGCUGUGGCCUUGGGCAGAUCUCUUCCAAGAAAGGUGGCAUUGGAGAUGCUUUUCACGGGUGAACCUCUUUCUGCUCACGAAGCAUUAAUGCACGGGCUUGUCAGCAAGGUGGUACCAGAAGACAAGCUGGAAGAAGAGACCAUGAAAAUCUCUCAGAAGAUAUGCGCGAGCAGCAAAUCCGUCCUGGCUUUGGGGAAAGCCACUUUUUACAGACAGAUGACACAGGAUCUCGAUACUGCUUACAAAAUCACUACUCAGGUCAUGGUUGACAAUUUGACUUUGAGAGACGGACAGGAAGGUAUAGAGGCCUUCAUUCAGAAACGGAAGCCUGUCUGGUCACACUCUCGGGAUGAGAAGAAAUGAAUCCUGUUUCUACCCUGUUUCCCCAAAAAUAAGACCUACCCUGAAAUUAAGCCCUAGCAUGAUUUUUCAGGAUUUUUGAGGAUGUUCAAAAUAUAAGCCCUACUCAAAAAAUAAGCCCUAGUUACAGUUAAUUUUAAAAGUCAAUUUAAAUAGUGUCCAGUCAGCUAUACAUGUAAAAAAGUAAUACGUUUUGCAGCAAAAAUUAAUAUAAGACCCUGUCUUAUUUUCGGGGAAACAUGGUAAGCUAAACUUAGCUGUGCUUUAUGGUUCUUCACAUAGUUGCCUUUGGGAACUCUAUUUUUGCUCUUACCAAAAGUUAAAUCUCUUAUAUAUGCCAAAGCCACAAUAAAUUUUUUUCUAAGUAUAUAACAAA